AUAAAGAUCAAAUGAUGUAAAUUGGAGAAGUGACGUAACCAAAAUGGCUAGUGGUGCUACCAGGAACGAAAGUAUUUCUGAAAACGACAAUCCACCAACGACAUCGAAGGAAAAUACCUACAAUGAUUCAAACAAUUCUUUUUAUGAAUGCAAUAUAUGCCUUGACACAGCAAAAGAAGCGGUCGUUAGCAUGUGUGGCCAUCUAUUUUGUUGGCCUUGUCUUUCUAGGUGGUUAGAAACUCGACCAAAUCGACCCUCUUGUCCUGUGUGCAAGGCUGGCAUUAGUCGAGACAAAGUAAUUCCAUUGUACGGUCGAGGAGGAGACAAUCAAUCCGAUCCAAGAGACAAAACUCCACCAAGACCCCAAGGACAACGAUCAGAGCCAGAAAACAGAGGGGUGUUUCCUGGUUUCGAUUUGGGUCCAGGUUUCCACAUGUCGGUCGGCAUUGGAGCGUUUCCUUUUUCGUUCUUUACAGCAAAUAUCAAUGGUUUUGGACCGAACCCAGCAGUUGGGACGCCUGAAGCCGCUCAAGAACAAUUUAUGUCCAAACUCUUUUUCUGGGUAGCACUCGUGUUCAUAUUUUGGCUUUUUGUUGCCUGAACAAAAUAUAUUAAAUUGACCUCAUUCUUUCGAUCAAAGUAGAAAUCAAUUGCUAAUUAAAAAUAGAGAUAUUUACGGCACGUACAGUAAUUUUAAAAUUACAAAAAGUGUAAUUUUUCGCUUUACACUUUUUAUGCGAAAUUUACGUAGCAGGACCAAUUUUGCAGACUGAUUAUGGCAAAUAAUUUGAAUAACUGUAAAAUGACAUCAAAAUUACAAAUAAAUUAAUUUUUCAAAGUA